AUGAACUACAUUUCGCUUGGAACGAACCGUCGACUGGUCACAAGGAACAACCGUUUGCAAAUCGCCAGCACGCAAGGCAUCGCAAAAAUGGUCAUAGCGACGCUUUACCUCUUCUGUUUACUCUGCACCCUGCUGUCGUACACUUCGGCCGUUGGUUUCGAUGGUAUCCCCGGCGACUACUGUGCAGUACGCCAGCCGGAACAGUGCUGCGUCAAUAGGGACGACGAAUGCACUGCGAGAAUUCUCGACAACCACCUCUGCUACUGCGACACAUUUUGCAAGCGAGGCGACGGCAACGACUGCUGCCCGGACUACAGAUACAUCUGCGAGGGCAUAAAGCCAGAACCAACCAUCAACGAAGGUAAAAUAAAUUCAUUCCACGUCUGCCACUUUGAUUCUGUAAAGCUUAGUUUUAUUUUUAUUAUUUGAUG